AUGGAUCAAAUUGAGAGUCUUGGCACGACUUCACCUACAAUUUUCCAAGGAACUAAGAGUUCAAACGAGGAUGUUCAAAUGGAAGACAGCGAUGGUUUCGCCAAGUUUAUCUUAGCUCUCUACUGCAUGAUCUGUGUGGUUGGUAUCACUGGUAACUUACUGGUUGCCAUCGUACUCCUCCGUGUGCCGUCCCUACGGUCUAAUACAAGUGAUUUCUUGGUGCAUCUCUCCAUUGUUGAUUUCAUGGCCUGUGUUCUGGUCAUCCCUGGUUAUCUCCUGCCCAGAACCAACUCCGCUCCAAACCCCGGGUUCUUAGGUGAGUUCUGGUGUCGAUUUUACGCCAGCGGUUUCCUCUUUUGGGUCUUCACGAUGACGUCAGUCUUGGGUUUGACCGUUGUCAAUUUGGAGCGCUAUUUAGCCAUCGUCUAUCCACACAAAUACAAGACUAUUUUCAUCAAGCGAAACAAAUACAUCAUGAUCGUUGCGUGUUGGGUACUUGCCGCAGUUUCAAGAUCUUUCUUCUUCUUUACGUAUGGAGAAGAUGAAGUAGUGGGAUGUCAUUUUGAAGGCUGGUCUAACCGAGGAGCUCAGGUGGCAUUUGGAGUGUACACUUUCACGGUCAACUUCUUCGCUCCAUUCAUGGUGAUGAUCCUUGCGCAACUGAAAGUUAUCUCGACACUGAACCGACAAGUGAAGAUCUUAACUGCUCGCACAGCCUCUAUGGGAGUCAAUCCAAGUGACCAGCGUAAAAUGUGGCAGCUCCGAGCCUCCCAAACCCUGGUGAAGACACUCCUGGCCUGCGUCAUCACAUUCGGUGUGUGUUGGAUUCCAAAUCAAGUCUGGUUCCUGCUCUUCAAUGUUGGUGUUCCAAUGACUCUAGGAGGACCUACCCAAAGUCUCACUAUCAUCUUAGCCGUUGGUAAUUCCUGUGUGAAUCCAGUCAUUUACACCAUGACCAACAAGCCGUUCCGUAAAGGGAUCAGGGAGCUGUUUUGUAAGAAGCGGGAUUCGAACCAGGUGGCUGACGGUGUAGCGACUGGCACUGUGUCUGAGACUGUCUCCAAUGCUCAAAACCAAUAAAUGGACCGCACAUGGGGAUGUGUCAUCGACCGCCAUAUUUGAACAGUGGAAAAGUCCACGCGUGUUGUAGUGUACGCGCUUGUGCAAUUCUUAGCUAAUGAUGGGCCCUUUUCGAAACCACGGCUUCGGCUUUGGAUUUGUCUUCAUGGCUCCUUUUCUCGUCUGAAGUCCUGAGCGCGUACGCGAAGCAGCGCAGUUGCCAAAACAACCAAUUGCUAGCCUGAGCCGAAUCUGGAACCGAAGCCGUAGUUUCGAAAAGGACCGCAACCUUCCUUACGUGCACUUUUUAUCACAGAUGGUGGUCAAUGACGUCAUAUGCAAUCCAUCUAUAUGAGAGAAGAAGAUCUUUCGA